AUGCCCGAGGGAAAUGCUGCGGCGGCCGGCGGGCCGGCUCAGCAGGAGCAGGGCGGCCAGUCCCUGGUCAUGAAGAUCGUGCAGGGCGUUGCCAUGUACUAUGGUGUCCAGCUGCUCAUGAAGCAGUUCGUGGGAGGGAACAAGGCCCAGACGACCGAGGUUACCGACGCGACCGGCAACGUCGUCCAGGUCCCCGCCAACACCGGACCGAUCCCCCCCUACGAGAUGAGACCGAAGACCCUAGACGAGGGCGCAACGUACAACAGCAUCCCGCAGCGCCUCGCCCCGAUCUGGCCUUCCGACAGCUCCCUGGACAUCAUCGUGACCCUCUCUGAUACCUUUGUCCCGAAGCCCAUCGCGAAGACCCCCGAGCAGUACCUCGUGCUGGACGAGAAGUCCUUCAAGCUGGGAAACCACAGUGACAAGCGCGUGAUCGAGACGACCUUUGACGUACCCUCGGCUGUUCAGAACAAUGGCACCCUAUGGGGACAUUUCUACGUUGGCCUCGCCGGUUCCAACUUGGAUCCCAAGGAGCCCGGUUUCGAUCCUGCGACGGCGCUGCACUUUGCGUAUCCCCUGACCCAGUAUAUUCCAAAGAAGAAGGUCGCCAAGACCAGAAACCUGUUGGAGUCCAAGGACGAGUCUGAGAUCGAGGUCGAGGACGAGAAGCCUGGACUCACCAUCGCGAGCUACUACCACCCCAAUACCACCCUGUCGUUCGUCCCCGAUACUGGCAUCCUGGACCUGCCAAAGGCGGCCCCAGCAGUCCGGCAAUUUCUGAAUAUUGAACCCACUGGUGCUCGCGACGGAACUGGCCAGAACUCCUGGUACUACCCGAUCUUGUAUAUCAACACCUUCUGGCAGCUCAAGAGUCAUAUGACGGUCCUCAACGACACUGUCAAGACUCUACCAUUGAGGCUCGAUCUUGGAAACACGAGAAACUGGCAGUUCACCACGAUGGCCACCGUUGACCUUAACUCCAAGGAGCAGGCUCGGCAGGCCGCCUUGGGCAACCCCUCUCCCGGUGGCGGUGAUGGUAGCGAGAUUGAGAUGGUCAAGGAGAUUUUCAUCGACACGAACCCCAUCCUCCUCGGUAUCACGAUCGUCGUCAGUAUUGCCCACAUGCUUCUUGAAACGCUUGCUUUUGGGUCCGACAUUGCCCACUACCGCAAGAAGAAGGACAACGUUGGCAUCUCUGUUCGCACCAUCCUGGCCAACGUCUUCAUGCAGACUGUCAUCUUCUUGUACCUGGUCGACAACUCGCAGAAUACCAGCUGGAUGAUCCUGGGAACCCAGGGCGUUGGUAUCCUCAUUGAGCUUUGGAAGGUCACGACCGUGGUCAACGUCCGUGUUCGGCCGUCCAGUCCCGGCUCUCUGUUCCCUUACAGCAUCGUGUUUGAAGACAAGCACAAGCUUAGCGAGACGGAGGAGAAGACCAAGGAGUACGAUGAGAUUGCCUUCAAGUACAUGUACUGGGCUGGCGUUCCUCUGCUCAUCGCGUACGCCAUCUACUCCCUGUUCUACGAUACGCACAAGUCGUGGUACUCGUACAUCAUCACGACGCUCGUCGGGUCUGUCUACGCCUACGGUUUCCUGAUGAUGGUCCCGGCCUUGUACAUCAACUACCGCCUCAAGUCGGUGGCGCACAUGCCAGGCAAGGCCAUGAUGUACAAGUUCUUGAACACGUUCAUCGACGACCUCUUCGCCUUCACCAUCAAGAUGCCCUUCCUCCACCGCCUGGCCACGUUCCGUGACGACAUUAUCUUCUUCAUCUACAUCUACCAACGGUGGGCUUACAAGAUCGACUACACCCGUGUCAACGAGUUUGGACAGGGUGGCGACGAUGAGCCGGCGGAGGAGCUCAAGGCGCAGCCCAAGUCACUGCCAAGGGCUGACGCGGAAACCGUGGAGAAGAUUGGAGGUGGCCCGCAAACUACCGGUGCUAGUACUGGCAAGGCCACCAAGAGAAAGUAA